AAAAUACAGUUUCUGAUUUUUUUUUUUUUGAUCGGUGGAUAGUUUGGGAUAAAAUCUUCCUUUCCUUCAUACUUGUCUAGGGUUUCUUUCUUUGGUUUCUAUAGUCUGCCUAGCGUCAACACAAACUUGUGAUGGCUGGAUCAAGAAGUGAUGUAUUUGAAGCAGUAAUUUUUGUGGAAAGACCUUUUUUGUUUAUUGACUUUUAUUGAUAUAUGAUGGCUUUGCAGAUGCUGAAUUCGCUCUAUUGACUGGUAGUAGUGGAAAAUACUGAUAGAUAUUGUGAACUUUCUGGAUCUAGUUCAGUUAACAGUGAAAGGAGGAUUCUUGUCAUUUACCUAUAGAUUGUUCUCUUUUGGUUUUCUCUCGGCGCUGUUUUGUUCACUGUUUUUGUGUGUGUGUGUGUGUGUUUCUUUGAUUCAUUCUACGCUAUGCUGCACAAAGUUUUUGUUUGAUCUAUAUUUGUUUGACUUGGUAUGUAUUAUCUAAGAACCUCACAUGCAUAGUUCUCUUAAUACAGUAGGCUCUCUAACAGACUAGCACAGGGUAGCAUAUGGAUCGUGAGGAGACAACAUCAAAAUAAAAUCUUUUAUCUUUGAAUAUAUGGAGCAAAAAGGAUCCUUCUGGGUUUAAUAUGAUUUGGUGUUAGAAUGUAAUCAAAUUAUUGGCAUUUUGUUGACAGAACAAUGAAUUAGAGCUGAAGUUCCACAAUAUGGUAGUUAUUUAAGAUAUCUAGCCAAUAGCCAUACAUUCUUAGUUUCCCCCUGUCAUGAGACCUAUAGUUGUUUCCUAUUAUUGAAUAUUAGAUGCUCUAGGUGAUUUCAAUAUGCACCUAAAGCAGUCAAAAUGUAAGUCUGCCGAUUCUUUCUCUUAUAUAUAUAUAUGUUCGUUGUGGAACGGUCCGUGACAAGUUGUUUGAGGCGCAUUGAAUUAAUCCAGGCGCCUCGAUUCGGUUUUUAUUUUUAAUUUUUAAUCCAAGUGUCUCUAUUCUUUUCUUUUAUUAUUUUUAAAAAAAUUUUAAAAUAAAAAAAAUCUUAAAUCUUAAACCCGAAACAUUCUAAAUAUAUAUAUUAUACCCCAUAAGCUCUUAAAAUUUUUUAUCUUUAACGCUAUAACUUAAGAAGGGUGUGUCCCUGAAUCCUAAAGGGAAAAUCUUAUUAGCUUUAAAUUCAAUAUAACACAACCUCUAAAUUCUAAAAUCUUAAACGCUUAAUACAUAUAAUAUACCUCGUGAGUAUCUAAAAUUUUUAAUCUUGAACACUAUAAACUAAGAGAGAAGUCUGAACCCUAGAGAAAAAUUUUAUUGGCUCAAAUUUAUUAUAACUCAACUUCUAAAUCCUAAAAUCUUGAACCUUAAAUACAUAUAAUAUACCCCAAAAUAAAACAAAAAUUUUUUUAAAAAAAUACUGAAUGAAUCCAAGCGCUUGUGUUAUGUCGCGCACGGCACGGGCACUUGGAUCAACAUCAAGCGUCCCGAGUCUAAGUUCGGACGAAUCCACAGCAGAAGUUCAAUUAAACAAUGGCUGAUGAAGACAUUCAACCUCUUGUUUGUGAUAAUGGAACGGGAAUGGUGAAGGCUGGGUUUGCCGGCGAUGAUGCUCCGAGGGCUGUUUUUCCUAGUAUUGUUGGACGACCUCGGCACACUGGUGUGAUGGUUGGGAUGGGACAGAAAGAUGCUUAUGUAGGAGAUGAGGCCCAAUCUAAACGAGGUAUUCUGACUUUGAAGUACCCAAUUGAACAUGGAAUUGUUAGUAAUUGGGACGACAUGGAGAAGAUCUGGCAUCAUACCUUUUACAAUGAGCUUCGUGUCGCGCCGGAAGAACAUCCAAUUCUUCUCACAGAAGCCCCUUUGAAUCCUAAAGCGAACAGGGAGAAAAUGACGCAAAUCAUGUUCGAAACUUUUGAUGUCCCUGCCAUGUAUGUUGCUAUCCAAGCUGUCCUCUCUCUCUAUGCUAGUGGACGAACCACAGGUAUUGUGUUGGAUUCUGGUGAUGGGGUUAGUCAUACUGUUCCGAUCUAUGAAGGUUAUGCGCUUCCGCAUGCUAUCCUACGUCUUGACCUUGCUGGAAGAGACCUGACAGAUUCCCUCAUGAAAAUUCUAACUGAACGUGGAUACUCCUUCACAACUAGUGCCGAGCGAGAAAUUGUCCGUGACAUCAAGGAGAAGCUUGCCUAUGUGGCACUUGACUAUGAGCAAGAACUAGAGGCUUCCAAGACAAGCUCAUCAGUCGAGAAGACCUACGAGCUACCUGAUGGGCAGGUCAUCACCAUCGGAGCAGAACGAUUCCGCUGCCCAGAGGUGCUCUUCCAGCCUUCUAUCAUUGGAAUGGAAUCCCCAGGUAUCCACGAGACGACAUACCAGUCCAUCAUGAAGUGUGAUGUCGAUAUUCGUCGAGAUUUGUACGGUAAUAUCGUUCUUAGUGGUGGUUCAACUAUGUUCCCUGGCAUUGCUGAUCGAAUGAGCAAGGAGAUCACUGCAUUGGCCCCGAGCAGCAUGAAAAUAAAGGUUGUAGCUCCUCCUGAGAGGAAGUACAGUGUCUGGAUUGGUGGUUCUAUCUUGGCCUCACUGAGUACAUUCCAGCAGAUGUGGAUUUCGAAGGCAGAGUAUGAAGAAUCUGGCCCUGCUAUUGUUCAUCGGAAGUGCUUUUAGAUGCUCUGGAUUUUAUAAAUGAGUCUGUUCUGGAUUUUUGGUUUGCUUUGUUUUCCUUUCUCGCUGUAAUGCUCGUUGGCUGCCUUGUUACAUCACUCUUUGGGUAAUAUGUUAAGCACGUUAAAUUUGAACCAGUUGGAAUAGUUUGAAGACUAUAAUAAUAUUUUGUAAGUUAUUUCUAUAAUACAUGAUAUUGUGUAAGUUAUUUUUUAA